AUGCAUCAGAAGGAUGGAGGUGUGAAGAGCCCCCGGUGCUCUGCCCCCGCCGCGCUGCGAGAGCAGGCCCGGUUAAAAGCCGGUGUGGUUGAGGAGGACACCGAGGAGUGGCAGAAAGAUUCAAGUUUUGCAGGACUGGAGAGAGUGGGAGGUGUGGAUUUAUCGUAUAUCAAAGGAGACGACACCAGCGCCUGCGCUUCCCUGGUCGUUCUCAGCUUCCCGGCUCUCGAGGUGCUGUACGAGGAUUGCCGGAUGGUGGCUGUGAGCACCCCGUACACGGCAGGAUUCUUAGCCUUCCGAGAGGUCCCUUUCCUGGUAGAAGCUGUUCAGAGACUUCAGCCGGAGGAGCCCAGGCUCAAACCUCAGGUACUUCUUGUAGAUGGGAAUGGCCUGCUCCAUCACAGAGGAUUUGGUGUGGCCUGUCACCUCGGAGUCCUGACGGAUCUACCAUGCAUUGGAGUGGCCAAGAACCUCCUGCAGGUGGAUGGCUUGGUCAGGGAUGAGCUGCACAAAGAGCAGAUUCGUUCCCUGCAAAAGGAAGGAGAUACGUUCCCACUGACAGGCACUUCGGGGAGAGUCCUGGGCAUGGUCCUGCGUAGCUACAACAACAGCUCUAAGCCACUUUAUAUCUCUGUGGGUCACAGGGUGUGCCUGGAAACAGCCGUGCGUCUAGUCAAGUCCUGCUGCAGGUACCGGAUCCCGGAGCCCAUCCGUCAGGCUGAUAUUAGAUCGAGGGAGUAUAUUCGGAAGCAGCUGUGUUCACCACUGGAGGUCAUAUCUUCUGGGCCAAAGAGCCUGGGGAAGGUCGUUGGGGAUUUGGUCUGUUUCCGGCGCCUGCGAUAA